GAAGAUAGAAACUAAAAGCCUUAAUAAAGAGAACCCACGUGAUACAAGAUUCAACCCAUUUCCCGAAACAUGUCAACAACCAAAAAAGAAAACAAUCAGAAAUCCCAGCCUAAAACUACAAAAUUUGCUACCAAACACUUCCCAGCAUAUUUAUUUUUAAAAGCACAAAAAAUACAAUAUUUCGAACAACAGAAACGUAAAAGCAACAAACUACAGGAGUAAAAAAAAAUUGAUUUCUCACAAAAUACCGCAACUGUUUAACAAACCCAAAAACUACACCCCUGAGGCACAUAAUAAGAAACCUUCGAACAUGCAAAAUAUCAUACUUUAAUUUUACAGUUUAAUAAAACACAUAAAAAUACUAGUGCAACAAAGACAAUAAAAUAAAGAAUUGAAAACUUAUUUCACUCUAUUAAGUUUAGUUGUGCUAGCUCUUCCAUAUUGUUCUCGUCUUUUAUCAGUAACAAAAAAUACUUAAACAAUUCUAAAAAUGCUUUUACGUAUUAAAUGUAUUCCCGUAUAGAGACAUAUGCUUUAAACCACUCAAAGAACCUGAAAGACAUAGAUUAUUAUCACUCAGUGCAGUCAGGAGGUCAUCUAAUUUAUCGUAUUGUACAACAAUGGUUUCUGGCACACAGCUGGAGGAAAAGGCCCAGGUCUGCAGCAGAUUAAAGAGCUCUAAAGAUCAAUGAUCUCAAGGUAAUCACACAAACUGUUGCGAGGUGAUCCAAUCUGCACUUCCAGAACCCAAUCUGGUCAGAAUGGAUAAAUAUACAUUAUUCAUCACUUCGCUUAUGGUCAGAACUGUAAACUACAGUAUAUUUAUGAUUCUGUUGCUUGUUGUCUUCUCUCAUAACCUCAUGGAGCAUUUCUGACUCUUCUUAGUUCAUUUACGCUGAUUAUCAGAAAAUAAGUCGAUGCAGGCACCAACGUGACGUGUCAGAUACCUGAUGAUUAAGAAAUGAAUAACCUGCUGGAUCAGGGUGGGAACAUCAGGGGGUGGAGAUAUUUGGGUGAGGCGGUCCUGCAACAGGCUUCCAGUCUGCGGAGAGGCUAAAAUCGAGCCGGACACCGACUGGGAGCCAUACGUCUCUUUUUUUCACCCACAGUAAGAAGUGAUGUGUGACAACUAUCCACACGGGCUGAAGUGGCCCCCAGAGGAACGACUUCAGUGCCGCCUGUGCGCAUAAGGAUAGGAGGUGGUGGAUGUUUCCACUAGGACGCACAGCUGUGAAACAGUAUGAAUGCAAAACGUCCAGCAUCUGAGGGUCCCGGGGCGCCACGGUGAUGGACAUGGAUCCCUUUUUUAGGAGAAAGCGGGCCGGUUUGGUGAAGUCCCUGCUGAGUUUGUCCCUGAUCUUCGCGUCUGUUCUGAUGAUUCUCAAGCUGAGACUUUCGGAAAAAGACGCAGUGGGGACCAAACACGCACAGGAGCCGAGCUGGUGCGGCUCGGACUGUUUUCCAUCCAUCAAGGCGCCUGUGCGGUCUAAUUUCUGGAGACUAAACGCCGCGACGCCAAGCAACACAGUGAACUCGCAGCGGGUAUCCAACGGGACCCCGACCAGCUGGGACGCACAGGUUCUCAACUGCAGUGAGGACGAAUCGGUGAAGAACCAGGACUGGUUCCGGCGCCUGGACCCGAGAUUUCACCAGUUUGUUCUGCACAGACACUGCAGGUACUUUCCCAUGCUCAUCAACCACCCGGAAAAAUGCGCGGAUGGAGAGGUGCACCUCCUCAUGGUGAUCAAGUCCGUCAUCGAGCAGCACGACCGGCGGGAAGCCGUGCGCAAAACCUGGGGCAAGGAGAUUACAGUGGAUGGAAAGAAGAUCAAAACUUUAUUUUUACUUGGAACUCCGAUAACAGGUAAAGACACAAAGAACCUCCAGAAACUGAUCGAGUACGAGGAUCAGAUCUACAAAGACAUCCUGCAGUGGGACUUCAUGGACACCUUCUUCAACCUGACCCUCAAGGAGGUCAACUUCCUCAAGUGGUUCAACAUCUAUUGUCCCAGAGUGAAGUUCAUAUUCAAAGGAGAUGACGACGUGUUCGUGAACACACACAACCUGCUGGAGCUCAUUGGUUUCAAAGAGCAGGAGCGCAAAGAUGUCGACUUAUUUGUGGGGGACACUAUUUCCAAGGCGAUCCCCAUCCGGAACCGGCAGAGCAAAUACUACAUACCUAAAGAACUCUACGACCGGCCAUACCCGCCCUAUGUGGGAGGUGGGGGGUUCGUGAUGUCCUCCAACCUGGCCAGGAGGCUCUUCGCGGUCUCAGAGGACGUGGAGCUGUACCCCAUCGACGACGUGUUUUUAGGGAUGUGUUUAAAGAAGCUGAACGUGGCUCCGGAGCUGCACUCGGCCUUCAGGACCUUCGGUAUUACCAGGCACAAGGCGAGCUCCCUGAACAGGGAGCCGUGCUUUUAUAAGAGCCUCAUCGUGGUGCACAAACUGAGCGCGCAGGAGCUGCUCCGCAUGUGGCGCAUAGUGCACAACAAGGACCUGGUUUGCGCACAACGGACCUCCAUAUAACGGACACCCAGUAGGAUUGUCUGCAUGUCGGAUAAAACUGCUCUAAAGAUGGACGAACAGUUUGGACUAUAAAUGGACCUCAUUUUGUUGAUGAUUUGUAAUCUGUAAAACCACUAAAGCUCCAACUACUUAGAUCAAACAUGGACGUUUAUUAAAUUCAGUUUGUGCCAUGCACAAUCAUAUAAUCACACUUCAUUUUAGAUUUUGGGGGUAUACUGUUUGAAUAUGUAGGUUAAAACUUGACUUUUUAGUUCAGGUGUUCCCCUGAGGCAGAUGUUAUUUUUCUAAUUUCAGGACUAAAGACUAGGCAUGGGUCGGUAUGAGAUUCGAAUGGCAUGAUGAUCUUAAGUAUUACAGUAUUUAUACAAAAAUAUUAAACUAUUAAUGUCUAAUUUGAAAUAUUUGCAUUAAUCUAAACCAGGAAAUCAACAAUUAUUCCUUCUCCUACCACAUGAUAAUUAUUACAGUUAAUGUAAUUUAAAAUUUAAAACACUGGCAACACCAAGCAACAGGUUUGUAAUCUGCUUGCUUAUCGGACACAAUAGGACACCUGUUUAAUGCAGUUUCAAAAAGAGUGGCGAGUGAUUGCUAGCUGGCUCUCCUUUUGUUUCAUCACCUAAAUUAUCCUUUUAUUUAUUUAUUUAUUUAUUUAUUUAAUUUUCUGCAAAUAGAAACAUUUCCAAAAUGUUGAAUUUGUCUUGGCUGACCAGCAGUGCACAGAAACAUGUGGGGGAAGGGCACUGAAUUGCUACUCUGUUAUUCAUACAGCUGAAGACACGUCUUUACUCUCUGCCAUCUCAUUUAAACGAUUUGAAAUCAUCAGGAGAGUUUGAUUUAUAAAUGUUAGCAUAUGCUAAACCGUUGUGUUCUUGAGAUCAUAAUCUUGGUAUAAUUUGAUACGGCUACCCGGCCCAUGCCUGACUGUAACUGCAGAGGGGACUUUAUGGGGUUACAGCAAAGAACGAACAGCUACAGUUAUGGUUAUGUGAUUAUUUUACAAUGUAUUGUAAGAAAAAAAAAAUCUCUGAAAAUCUUUUUGGUGUCAAUAUGUUGUUUAUGGUUUAGAUCAUUAUUUUGUUUAACAGAAAGAAGGCCCAAAACCAAAGAAACAAGGGCUAAUGCAAAUUAUUCUUGUAUUUGUUGUAAAUAAAACUGAACUCCCAUAGUCCCUUUGUAAAUGUA